AUGCCGUCCUCCAUUGCCAUUUCCGCUGGCCCCUUAGCUACACCAUAUCAUCGCUCGCCCAAGCGCACCAGCUAUUCUGCCAACAGCUCCUCCUUGAGCUCGCCCUCGUCGGCCCCGCCAUCGGCCGGCAAGGACAAGGCCCUGCACACCCGCCGACCGAGCCUUGUUGGCUCCGCCAUCUCCGUGCAAGAAUGGACCGUCAUCAACAUCGGCGACCCGGAUGGUCCGCCUUGGCUGAUUUUUUACCUCUCUUCUAGCCAGGGCUUCGCCUGGAAUCCAGAGAUCUUCCUUCCCUCCUACGUCGACUGCGACUACGUUCCGCUUGAGAACCGCCGAGACCCUGUUCACGCAAUCUUCCUCAGCGACGAAGAGUCCAAGAAUCUGCUCCCACAAUAA